GAGCUGGGCCUGGCUUGAUGACCCGUGAUGGGCUGCCGCUACCUGUGGCUGCCGCCACCCCCAUGAUUGACUACCACGACAGCCUGAUGAAAGGGAUGAGGAUGACUUCCGCUACGAACUUCGAGCAUAUCGACCCCAACAAGAAGGAGCCAGAGUCGGACAGGGCUACUUCGAAAAAGGCUGUAGAGAUGCCUCCGCUGAGUGCCGCUGACCCAGAUGGCAACUACUCGGCGGCCAUUCACAUGAUGGUAAAGGAGGGCCUUGAGCGGGACUAUGAGCAUGAGUGCACCGACCAGAAGGGGCAGGAGGAGGCUAGGGCUACUUUGACAAGGGUUGAAGCGCUUCCUUUUCUGGGAGCUGCUGACCAAGAAGUUGGCUACCUGGCAACAACGCACCUGACGAAUAGGGAGGGCUCAAGGCUGAACUAUGAGCACGAUGACCAGAGGGCCGCUGAGGUGAACCUGAUGCAGAAGGGACGCCAGAAGGUACUUUCGGCGGCAAUGGCAUCCGCAGGACCGGUCCUCGACAAGCAGCUGGGCAAGGUUGCCCCCUUGGGCGACAAGGAGGAGCGAGCCGGCGUCGGGUUCGAGACAACCGAACCGAUCCUCGCAGAGAACGGCGAAGGCUCCCCCAAUGACUCCGCCAAGCUCAUCGACACCGAACAAUCGUUCGAGAGUGAAGCACGUCUCACUGGUGCCGACAUUGGAACAAUUGGGCCCUGGGGUUCGAAUGUGGACCGCCAUUUGCUUAGCAAUUCCACCGUGUUUGGGCUGGCGAAAGACCUGGCAAGCAUGACUCACGCUCAAAGGGUCAACGCUUAUUGCGACCUGAUCCGCCUGCUGGGUGUCCUCUAUGCUGACCUCAUGAGGGCCAUGCUUAGGGCAGAAGAGCUUGCGGAUGAGGAGGUGCUUCUACAAGUCACGUCCGAGGCGGCGAGACCGACUAUGGCGCCUCAUUUGUGGCCGGAGCCCGCGCAGGAGGGCGGGAGCUGCGCCAUGCAGGGGGAAGAAGACAGGAACGAGUGCAUUGACCUGGACAUUGCCCUGGACGUUAAUGAUACGGACUUUGUGGAGGGCUGGUUGGAUGUGGACGGAGGUAACAGCGGGCAUGGUGAAGAGGAUGACCACCUCUCGCACAUGCAGGUGGCGGCCAAGGUGGGGCCGACAACGGCCUUUGCUAGCUACCUUGCCAGACUCCAGGCGCACUUUGUGAAAGCAUGGAAAGGGCUAUGGGCGCUCCUUGUGACCUAUCAAGGGGAACCGACCUGCCUUGUGGAUAAGGAUCGCCAGUGGGCUGACGCGAGAUGGGCGGAGGUUGUGGACAUGCUCCAGAUUGAUGCAGUGAAGGGGGCAGAGGUUGGCUCCUUCAGGCUCCCGGACCAGUCAGGGGUCAUCAGGAUCGAGGACACGCGCACCGAGCAGGCAUCCUCCUCAGCGGACGUCCGUGUCCAACGUGAGCCAGGAGGUGUUGAGAAGGAUGAGCUGGCCAAGCACGAUGCAGACGUCAGGGAGGAGGCCGCGAGGCAAGCUGAGCAUGAUGAAAUGCUCUGGGCCAACCACCAAGCGGCCAUUGCAAGAUCCUGGGAUGACUGGGCGCUGCAGACUGAACUGGAGGGCUCCACGCGAACGAGGCCCUUGAAACGGUUCAAAGUCAGGGUGACAGUUACGGAUGCUGAGCGCAAUGAGUUGGCGGUCGCCAGCUUGAGUGGAGAGCUGGACGCCGAUGACAAGCCGCAGGUCAGCUUCGUGAUCCAGGAGCACAUCGUCCAAGCCCCGGUGGAUGAGGCCACAGAGGUCGUUGAUGAGGUGACCAGACAGAGAGUGGACGAAGCAAUCGAGCCUGAUAUGACGGAUCUGGCAGCAAUCCUGGAGACCGUUAUGGGACGCCAGUGGUUUCAACUGUUCGUACAGCGGGAAGUUGACUCGGAGAUGGUGAGGAAGAGGUGGGGGACAACUGUACUGGAGAUCUUCGAGGUGAACCGAGACAUGAUGGACUUGGAAGAUGCAAAAGCAAAGGAAAGGCAGCAAAGGGACGAGAGGGAAUGUAGGGAGGAGCACCUGCGAGACACUGACGUCAAUGUGGGCCAUCUGUCGGAGGAGGAGGGCGAGGGCGAGACCGUGGUGGUGGAGAAGAACCUGGUCAUGAAGCAGCGGCUGGGGCUGAUUGCACGGCUCUUGCAGGUGGCGGUGGUAGUGCGGGAGUGA